UACAAUGAGGGAGGAGGGUGGAAGAAAGGGAGAUUUGGAGAGAGAUAGAGUAGAGUGAGGAAGGAAGACUGUGAUAAGGCUCCCUGCCUCCCGCAACCAGACGGACUGUGCCAGUAGAGAGAGAGAGAGAGAGAGAGAGAGAGAGAGAGAGAGGAAGAGAAAGAGAAAGAGAGCGAGGGACUGGAGCUGAGUAUUCCUUGCUGUCGUGCUGUCUUUCUGUCCUGCUGAUAUAUCCUCUGUCAUUUACUGAGUCGUCCUUCCCAGUUUAGAUGAUGUCAUCGAAGCUCCUGUCCUGCGGUUGGCUGCAGCAGCUGCUGGUGGUGCUUCUGAAGCUCACCCUAUCCUUUGCCGGACCGACCAAUGGGACAGAGUGUACGGCCAGAGGUCCUGCCUCCUACAUCCUGGUAUUUACGGGUCACUGGAGCCCCCAGACUUUCCCUAAACAGUACCCACUGUUCCGACCCCCUGCACAGUGGUCCAAACUCAUAGCUAUCACUCACAAUGGGCAGCAUCGGCUGUUUCAGGAGGGGGCGCUGGCGAGUAUAGGGGUGCAGAACUUUGCUGAGGUGGGGGUAACUGUGGAGCUGGUGAAGGGGGCGAAGGAUGCCAGGAAGAGACGGGACGUCGGUGCCAUGUACAGAACAGCGGGCAUCCCCACUGGCAUCGGGCACAGCUCCACAGAACUGCUGCUGCAACCACGGAGCCCACUGCUCUCUCUGAUGGUGAAGGUGAUCCCUAGCCCUGAUUGGUUUGUGGGGGUGGACAGUCUUAACCUCUGUGAGGGCGGCCAGUGGAAACAGGAAAUGACCCUUGACCUCCAACCCUUGGACUCUGGGACGGACAGCGGCUUCACUUUUUCUUCACCCAACUAUCCCACCGUCCCUCAGGAAAACAUCACACGGAUAACUUCCCAGAUGCCCAACCACCCAGCCAACUCCUUCUUCUACCCCCGUCUCACAGAGCUCCCGCCCAUAGCCUCCAUACGGCUGACCAGACAGAGCCGUUCAUCUGCCCGUCAAACUCCCAUGUCCAAUCACAUUCUGCCUCACCCUAUCCACCCUCAACGCUUCUCAGAGACACCGUUAGACUGUGAGGUGUCUAUGUGGUCGUCCUGGGGUCUGUGUUUGGGGCCCUGCUCCAGGGGAGGGCGUCCGCCAUCGUACCCGCUACAUCCUCUUGCGGCCGGCUAACGCUGGAACCCCCUGUCCCGAGCUGGAGGAACAGACCGAGUGCACGCCACACAACUGUCUGAAGCGCCAGUGACCCCUGACAGAGUAGGGUGAAGUUGCCCCAAGACACUGAUUUAAAGUCAGUUUUAGGUUUAGGCCAGUAAGGUUAGGAUUCGGGACGGUAAGCUGAUCAUAGAUCUGUGCUUAGGGGGAACUUCUAAUUGGAGCCACACCCCUGGCGGUCUCCAUGGUAACACUGGGACUCAAACAUACACAGACCACAAUAAUGCAAGCAAUGGACUCUUUCACUGCAGAACGCACAAUCUCUAGACCCAGUUAAGUCUUAAGUGGCGGUGACUUUUUGGUGUGGUCUUUAUGGCGUACUCUGGCAAUCUAAAGACCAACUAGUCCUGACUUGUAUUGAGAAACACUGUUGUUGACUGAUGACAAGUACCCACAUGACAAAAGAGCACAACGACAUUAUCAGUGGACAUGAGAGACAGACAACUAUGUAGAGUAUCUUCACUGGCACACACACACACACACAUGCCCUUGUACACAAAUAAUACACUCUUACUUUGUGUAAACUGGGGCAUUGAUUUACAUGGGAAUCCUAUAUGAUGCUCAGCUCAGUGCACAGCCAUCACUCAACAUAGCCACACAGACAGAUUUAUAAAUAACCCUUUCACAAGACACAUCUGAUGAUGGCUCACUAUAGCCCGGUACCCCAUGUCAGAAAACCCUAGCCAAUUUGGAGCGAGGCGGUUUUCGUAAAAUAAAAAGGGAUACAGGUUUAAAAAAAAACAAAAAAACAAGAGCAGUUAUAUCUGUUUUCUCUCUUUUAAUAUGUAGGACAUAUUUUGUAUAUACUGUAUGUUCUGUUGUAUCGUUGUAUCUUGUGUAACUCAUGAAAUAAAUAUGGAGGUGUUUUCUGUAAA